UUUUUGACCAAUGACGCUGUUUGUGCCGUAGCUGCUAACUGUGGAGAGGUACUAGGGAUUUAGAAAUGGACCGCGAAAAGGAAUCUGUGGCUACCCGCUUUCAGGGAGUGUGACUGACUGAUUGGAGUGCUUUCUGGCCAUGGCGGGCUGCUGGCAGUUCUGCCGCCGCACCUGUGUGUGUUGUUUGUCUGAGGACGAGAAGAGGACCAUCGCUGUGGACAGAGAGAUUCAGAGGAUCCUCAAGCAGCAGAAGAAGAAGGAGAGAAGAGAGAUUAAAAUCCUUUUGCUGGGAACUGGAGAAAGCGGGAAAACCACCUUUAUCCGACAGAUGAGGAUCAUCCACGGACGAGGCUUCUCAGAGGAGGAGAGGAAAGCCUUUGCUAAAUGCAUCUUCCAGAACAUCUUCACAGCCAUGAAGGCCAUGACAGGAGCUAUGACCAUGCUCAGAAUCCCCUACUCCAACCCGGAGAAUGAGAUCUACGCCACAUGGCUGCAGGAUAUAAACACAGUGCACAUCACCCAGCUGGAACGGGGCUAUGUUGAUGCAAUCCGCCGCCUCUGGGCAGACUCAGGCAUCCGGGUCUGCUACAGCCGCCGCUGCGAGUACCAGCUCCUGGACUCCACAGAGUACUACAUGAGUAAUCUGGACCGUAUCUCUGCCCCUGACUACAUCCCCACAGAACAGGAUGUACUGCGAGUUCGAUUCCCUACCACGGGCAUCCACGACUACUCCUUCACCAUCAAGACCAUCACACUAAGGAUUGUGGAUGUGGGCGGCCAGAAGUCGGAGCGUCGGAAGUGGAUUCACUGUUUUGAAAACGUCACCUCCCUCAUCUUCCUGGCCUCCCUCAGCGAGUACGACCAGGUUCUGGAGGAGAGGGAGACUAUUAACCGUAUGGAAGAGAGCCUGGCUCUCUUCUACACCACCAUCCAUUCCCCAUGGUUCCUCAACACCUCCAUCAUCCUCUUUCUCAACAAGACCGAUAUCCUUGCUGACAAAAUCCAAACCUCUGACUUUAAGAAAUACUUCCCCAGCUUCACAGGUAAGAGGCAAGACCCAGAGGACGCUAAAAACUACAUCUCCAAGUUGUACGAGCAGCAGGCCAUCAACCACGACAAGAGGGAGGAGCGGAAGACUCUCUACCCGCACUUCACCUGUGCCACUGAUACCAAUAACAUCCGCAGGGUGUUCAGCGAUGUCAAGGACACAGUGCUGCUCAAGUCUCUAAGAGACUACGGAGUCAUCUGA